AUAAUGCACCUCUUCUUUUUUUAUUCCCAUCAGUCCCGACCGCGAGCUCCUUUCACCAGUCAAGAUGGCGGACAGACCAGUUCCUGUAAUUGAGAAGCGACUGAUGGAGGUGAAGCUCGGUGAGCUGGGAACUUGGCUUGGUGGUCGAGACUUCACUCCCAAUGGCAUCAUCUCAGCCGUCCGCAGGGGCCAUGACAGAUACUACAACAAGUACAUCAAUGUAAAGAAGGGAGGCAUUGGUGGUAUCGCUAUGCUGCUUGUUGGCUAUGUUGCCAUAAGCUACUUGUGGGAAUACGACCACAUCAAGCACGAUCGUUGGAGGAAGUACCACUGAGUUGGUUAAGCAGCUCCUAGACCUCCAGGGGUUGAAGUUGGAUCUCUUGACUCCCCUGUGCUUUCUAUUCAGCUGUGUGUUAAUAUGUGACCAAUAAACAAAAUAACGUUAUGUUAUA